AUGAGUUUGGACGAGAUCAAGGACAGCCAGGAACGUCUGGAAAGCCAGAGACGCAAGUUCUACGAGAGCGACGCCGGGGACGGCACUAAACGCGCAGACCAGUACCUCCAUGGAGCCAAGCUCUGGAUGUGCAUUAUUUCCAUUAUGUUGUGCAUGUUCCUCGUGGCGCUCGACCAAACAAUCAGCUUCACGAUCCUCGUUCAGGUGUCGGAGAAGUUCCGCUCGUUCGAGAAGCUGACAUGGAUCACGUCGUCCUUUGUUCUCGGAAUUGGGUGCACAGCCCAGGUUUGGGGCCGACUGUCGAUCAUUUUUGGCAGACGGUGGGUGAUGCUUGCGUCGGUGUUUUUGUUUGAGGUCGGCUCGCUUGUGUGUUCGGUGUCCAAGUCGAUGAACAUGCUCAUUGGCGGCCGAGCCAUCCAGGGUGUCGGUGGCGCGGGGAUCCAGGCGUGUGUGAUGAACAUAGCCACCGAGGUGACCACGAUCGACAAAAAGCCAAUGAUCAUGGCGCUCGUGAGCGUCACUUUUGUCGCUGCGUCGGUCAUUGGCCCAAUCCUCGGCGGUGUGUUCACCAGCUACAGCACGUGGAGAUGGUGUUUUUACAUCAAUCUGUGUUUUGCAGCCGUGAUUGUGCCCCUGUUUCUGUACAGCUUCCGGCCCAAGACCCCUGCCGGCAGCUUGCUCGAAAAAACGAAGAAAAUAGACUAUCCCGGCGCUGUCACCAUGGUGGCCGGGCUCGUGCUCAUUUUGCUGGCCAUCUCGUUCGGCGACAACGAGUUCAAGUGGAACUCUGCAGCCAUCAUUUGUCUGUUUGUCAUUGGAGGCGUGCUGCUCAUUUUAUUCUGCAUCUGGGACUUUUUCUUUGCGCAGGAGCCGCUGCUGCCGCUCGAAAUCGUCGCCACGUACGGCGUGACCGUUUCUGUGGUGCAACUGUCCACUGUGUACGGCUCGUUCAUGGUGCUUUCGCAGUUUUUGGUGGUGUACUUCCAGACACUACACAACGAGUCUGCGUUCCACGCAGGACUGUCGCUGCUACCGUCUGUGAUCCCGCUCGUGCUGGGUGCCGUUUUUACCGGCCUGCUCAUCCAGAAGACGCGCCAUGUCAAGCUGUACGGACUAAUUGGUACGACGUUUGCGUCGAUCGGCGUUGGCAUUCUCACACUGCUCCAAGCAGACUCGGCUCCGUCGAAAAGAUACGGCCUGCAGGUGCUAUACGGCCUCGGUGUCGGCGUCACGUUCCAGGCACCCAUGAUGAGCGUCCAGCUGUGUUGUCCUAAAACGCCCGGUAGCACGAUCCUAGCGAUGACGUUCAUCUACUUUGGCCGGAGCGUGGCCACGGCUCUUUUUUCGCAGCUCGGAGAAGCCAUCUACACCGCCACACUGAGAAAAAAGUUCAGCCACAUCCAGCCACUAAUUCCGGAUAUAAACCUCGAGCUCGUGGUGUCGAAUUCGCAGCUGUUGCACACACUGGACGCCCAAUCACAGACGCUCAUCAAGAAGGCCAUGAUGGACUGCAUCCGCAACGCGUUUUACUUGUCGCUGGCGCUGAUGCUGAUUGGGUCUAUUUCGGCAGUGAUUAUGUCGAACAAACGCAUUCCGCCAAAGGACGAGGUGGAGAGAGAUUGA